AUGCGCGGUGCUGCAAUGCGGGUGGUGGUGGGCGGUGGGACAGGCUUCGUGGGCACAGCCCUGACCCAGCUGCUGCGGAGCCGAGGGCACCAAGUGACCCAUGUGUCGCGACGAGGGGGCAAGGAUCGGAUCAGCUGGGAAGAGCUGUCCCGCUCUGGGCUGCCCCAGUGUGAUGCUGUGGUCAACUUGGCUGGCGAAAAUGUCCUCAACCCUUUCCGCAGAUGGAGUGAUGCCUUCUGCAGGGAGGUCAUCAGCAGCCGGGUGGAGACCACGAAGGCCUUGGCCAAAGCCAUUGCUGCUGCUGAGCAGCCCCCCCGUGCCUGGCUCCUCGUCACUGGCGUAGGUUAUUACCGCCCCAGCCCCACAGCUGAGUACACUGAGGACAGUCCAGGAGGGGACUUUGACUUCUUCUCACGCCUGGUGAGCUCGUGGGAGGCUGCAGCUCUCAUCCCUGGGAGCCCAGCUCGUGGUGUUGUGGUGAGAUCAGGUGUAGUGCUGGGUCGGGAUGGUGGUGCGAUCUCUCAGAUGCUCCUGCCUUUCCGUCUGGGACUCGGAGGCCCCAUUGGCUCCGGACUCCAGCCCUUCCCGUGGAUCCACGUUCAGGACCUGUCUGGGAUUGUGUGUCAUGCUCUGGAGAAAGAGUCUGUGCAAGGCAUCCUCAACGGUGUUGCCCCAUCCUCCCCCGGCACGUCCAAUGGCAGCUUUGCCCGGGAGCUGGGGGCAGCCCUGGGCCGGCCAGCGCUGCUGCCGGUGCCUGCCUGGGCCGUGCGGGCUGUCUUUGGGGCAGAGCGGGCAGUCAUGCUGCUGCAGGGACAGAGGGUGCUGCCAAAACGCACCCUGGAGACUGGCUACCACUUCAUCUUCCCUGAGCUGCCUGGAGCUCUCAAGGACAUUGUGGCUUAAGGCUUCUCUGGUUGGGCUGGGCUGGGCCCUGUUUGUGUGAGCACACAUGGUUUCUCAUCAAAGAGGGGAACCCUGCCCCUUGGCACUUCCUCAUCCCCAAACAGAAAGGGUGAGCAAUCCUUUCCCCCUGUAUUUCCCUGUGUGCAUCCCUAGUUUAGGAAUCAUCCCUCUUACUGCCAUCUGAAUCUCAACAUUACCUGCAUUGGGGAAGGGCACGAGCCCCUCCAAGGACUGUGUCUGUGGAAUUGACCAUCUUCCCUUUUGCAUAGUGUGUGUGUGAACAGCUGGCAAAGCAGCUGGGGGUGUAAUGUCUUCUCCCCUGAGAUGUGGCAGCAGGAAACAGGUCCUAAUGCUGCUGUGAUUCUGUGCUACUGGAAGAUGCCCUUCCUGUUUUUCCCUAUGAUGACACAGGCAAAGUAGAAGAGCAUAAUUCUCUUGGUCUUGGUGGUUGUGGGAGAAGAUCCAUCUUAGGGUGCUGAAUACAGAUUGCUUGGAGACUCUGCCCUCCCUUUUCCUGUGGCUGGUACCAAGCUGAUUUGUCAGUACCUUCAGCUGAGUCUAGUCCAAAGAGUUACACCUCCCAGGGUUCCAUAUUGAUUGUGCUGUGGCAGGGAUGAAGGAGAACAUUGCUUUGCCAAUCUAUAGGGCAAAGAGUGACAGUCAGACUGGUCCCUGUACUGCUUGCCUUGCCUAAGUGCCCAUUACAGCUAAGCUUGUGCUCAGGAAAGCUGGGUGGUACAUCAUUGUGUGAGGCAGUGCAAGCCACAGCUUCAGUCUCCAGGAGCAUUUCAGCUAUUGCCAGCUACUACCAGGGUAGUUUUCUUUUACUGAUCCUAUGGGGUGGUGCUUGUUCAGGUUGUUCCCCCCUGACUGGGCACUGGGAAUAUCCAAACUGCCUGGUGUGCCUUGGGAAGCAGUGCCUCUUAUUUGUAAAGCAGAUUGCAAUUUCAUUAUCUCACAGUGGCAGGAAAUGUAUCCACAUGCUUCCCUUGGCCCACUUCCAUAUCCUAAAGUGAGCUGCAGGGUGUGAAGUCCACAGGGCAGUGAAGUUUAUUAUAGCAAUACUUCUGGAGAGAUACUCCUAGUGUGAUGUAGGUUGGGGCUAGAAAAUGCUAUUAAAAGGCAGUUCAGGCAGAAAAAGACCUACUCUAGCAUCCAGAACAAUAGCAGUCUGUGUAUUCCUGGUUUAUGCCAUGCUGCAGUCAGAGUAGCUGAAGGGUCACUCUGCUGACUCUUUGCUGAGUACAUACUGGAGACAGAAUGGUAAUCUGGCUUUGCAGGCAGGAAAAUGAGAAGAAUUAUGGCUGGAGAAGAACUGCCACCUUCAGCUCUUCUGAAAGAGGUGUUUGUAUCCCACAGAGGACUGCCACUAAGCAGAGUUCCCAGGCCUUGGACUCACUGCCUGGAUGUUUAACUCAGGACGUUUGAAAAGUUGCCUCUGCAUGGUGUUUGGCUUAAAUACAUCACAGGUUUAAAUG